AUGUCGCUGCUGAAUGAUCCAGAAUAUCUUAUUCACCAACUACGAGUAGGUUAUCUUCGUCGUGUAGGAGAUCGUAUUGGAGAGCGCGUGAUAAGCUUUAGUCCAACUGUACUAUCAAAUGAUUAUAUUAAAACUGCAGCAUCUUCUUAUCCCGAGAUGCUACUUUGUCAUUCUCCAAACAUUAGCAUGUCAGGGAAUGAUUAUUUUAGUAGUAAAAGUAUAGUUAGUAGUGCUGCUUGUUCACCUUUAUUAGGAGGUACAAAACCAAAAACUUUUAUAAAUUCAAAUCGAAGUAGGGACGCAAAUUCAACACAAGAAUUAAGUAUUAACAAUACUGAAAAUGGGGAUAGUGACGAUGAUAUUGAAUUGGAUGAUGAUGAUAAUGGGAAACAACCACAACCUCUUUUUGCUAAAUUAAAUUUACCAAAACAAAAUGUACCUCCUCCACCAGUAUUUGUAACUUCACCUUCGAAACCACCUACAAGUCGAGGAAAUCCCGUAGCAAAUUCUUAUUCACCUAGAGUGGAUUUAAAAACUUCACCUGAUAGUAUACUUGGACUUUCUUCAACUGAACAAACUCCACAAUUAUCACCUACAACUUCGGCAGAAAGUGAUAAUAGAGUUUUAACAGAAAGAAGAGGUUCAAUAGUAUCUUUAUUAACGACGACGACAACGGACGAAGUAGAUAAUAAUAAUAUUAUACCUUCAAAUAGUCCACCUUCUAAACCCACAUUACCCCCAGAAGAAGAAAAAAAACUUAUGCCCGAUUCAUCAAAAAUAAUUUUAAAAUCUAAAAAACCAUUUUCUGCAUUAACUGCAUUGAUUGCAGAAAAAAAGAAUAAAUUGGACAAUCCAUUUGCGGAAGAAUAUAGUUUCUUUGCUGGAAAAGGAGAUCUUAAUCCAAUAACACGAAAAAUUUAUCUUCCAUUUAGUGCUGAACCCACAAAACCUAUGAGUGUGAUUGUAAAAAGAGAUGCUAGUGUGGAAGAAAUUAUUGGUUAUACCUUAUAUCAAUAUUGGGAUGAGAAAAGAGAACCUAUACUUGAUCAAACAUUAUGUGAUGUGGUUCGAUGGAAUAUGAGAAUUGUUGAAGAUGAUGGUGUUAUUGAUGAAGAUUUUCCUGUUAAACAAAACGAAGCUGUUUCCUCCAAGACGAGACCUCCACCUAAGGAAACUUUGGCUGCACCUCCAUCAAUAAAUACUAAUGGGACAACCAUUAAUUCAAUAUCUGCUUCUAGUAAUACAGUUAAUGGUGGCAAUAGUACUUCCGGAGUAGUAUCUACUAUUGAUCUUACUAAUCAAAUAUUUUUACGAAUUCGACUUACUCUUACUCCUUAUGAAGAGGUCGCACAUACCACAACAAUAAAUGUUUCAGGAGAAAUGCCUUUUCGGGAGGUUUUGGGAAUAAUUUGUCGUAAACGCAAAUUGGAAAGUAAUAAGUAUACUCUUAAAAUUGCUGAUACUGAUAAAUAUAUAGAUUUGGAAAAAACUGUAGAAAGUGAAGGAAAUGCAAAUGAGUUGGCUUUAGUGGAGAAACCCAUUAAUGGUACUACAAGUGCUGAUGUACCACCACAAAGUCCAACAACCAAUAAAGAACGUUCUUUAAAACGAAGAACGACCAAUGAACCUCCUCAACCACAAUAUGUAUCCUCCAAUGAGUACAUGUCAGUUUAUAAGAAAUAUAUUGUUAAUCGUAAAAUACCAAUGUUUGUUGGACGUCACGAACGUGUUUUAGCAAUUGAUGGAGAUUAUAUACAUAUAAUGCCAUCAGAAACAAGAACUAUGUUUGAAUCUAUGAAAACGUCAUCUUAUCAUAUUGGUUUAGUAAUUUCAUGUAAAGUAAAUAAAAAAGUUCCAACUAAUUUUAAAUUAGUUAUAUAUCGAGAUUCUGGAACAAAGACAUAUGACUUUGAGGCCGAGUCGAAAUCAUUAGCUUCUGAAAUUAGUCAAAAGGUUCGGUUUCUUCAAAAUCUCAAUAAUGGUGAACAAUCAAAAAACCGGACAUUUACCAAACCCUAUUAA